UUGAGAAAAGUUGAGAUCUGAUCUGAAUAGUUUGAGAGAGAGAAAGAGAGAGAUGGCUUGUGUUGCUUUGACUUCUCUCAUGGCAACAUUGGAGUUGGAGUUUCUCCAAUCCAGUAGUCCAAGGGUGUCUCUUCAUGAUGAAGCAACAGUGAAAUCUUUGUUUGAAAAGCUCUCAUCUUUGCAAGCUUUUCUGCAGGAGAAACCCAAGAGUGGCGGCAUUGCAAUCAGAGAUUUGGAAAUCAAGAUCAGAGACUUUGCACUGGAUGCCGAAGACCGCAUCGAAAUACAACUAAGCAACUUUCUUCUGGCCAAGGACAAAGAAGAUCAAGAAAAAGCUUCUCAGCAACUCCAUCAAACCUUUGGAGAAGCAGCGGAAAACGCAGCAAAGUUGCUGAAAAUUAGCAACAUCAUAAGCAAAGAGGCGGCGGACAAUAAUGAAACUCAACCACCACUGAUUCCUAGGUUGAAACAUGCUUCCUCUCCGGUGCUUGAGGGCAGAAUGGUCGUGGGUCUUAGCUAUGAUCAUAUGGAUAUAGUGGAUCGUCUCAUCCGGGGCUUUUAUGAACUAACAGUAAUCCCAAUUGUUGGGAUGAAUGGCAUUGGAAAAACAACUUUAGCUAUAAGUGUCUAUAAUGAUCCAAAAGUUACAUCCUACUUUGAUGUACGAGGUUGGGUUACUAUGUCCGGGGAAUACAACAACAGCCAAAUGCUACACGACCUACUUUGUACACUAGCAGAGGGGGAUGAAAAUGAAAAGGGAAGCAUUCCUGAUGAUGAUGUAGCAGCUGGGCAGGUAUACAACUUCUUGAGAGGUAAGAGGUAUCUAAUUGUUUUGGAUAACUUAUGGAGCAAUCAAGCUUGGCAAGAUAUCCGACAAUGUUUUCCUAAUGAUGUAAAUGGAAGUGGCAUAGUAAUAACCACUACACAUUUCAGGCAGGAUUUCGUUGAUAACUCACAUAGCUAUAUCCAUUACAUGCGUUUCCUAUUUUCUGAUGAAAGUUGGGAAUUAUUUUGUAAUAACCUUUCUCUGGAACAACAUAUGGCACCUAAAUUUGAAAAAAUUAGGAGUCAAGUUGUAGAGAAAUGUGAAGGAUUACCGCACUCAAUUGUUGUAGUUGCAAGACGUUUGUCUAAGUGUGACAACAUAAAACAAGAAUGGAAGAAGGUUGAAAAGGAAGUAGAGUUGCUUGGAGUUCUAGAUAGAAGGGCACUCACCCUUACUUACAAUCAAUUGCCACAACAUUUAAAAGUUUGUUUUCUAUAUUUUGGUGUCUUUCCAAAACAUAGUGACAUCAAAGUGAAAGUACUUAUUAGGUUAUGGAUUGUUGAAGGAUUUAUUAAGUCAUUGGAGGGUAAGGAGUUAGAAAAUCAAGCUUAUGAGUAUUUGCAAGAUUUUAUUGAUAGAAGUCUUAUUAUAAUUGUCAGAAAAUCUUCUGACAGAAAAAUUAAGACUUGUCGGAUGCAUGGUGCCUUGCAUAGCUUUUGUCUGAGAGAAGCUCAGAAAGAGAGCAUUUUUUGUGCAGUGAAUACUGGGCAAUAUGCACCACGGUCACUUAAAAUGUUCGCAAACUCAUGCCGCUGGUUAAGUUUAUACAGACAUAGGUUUGACUACUAUGUGUUGUUAAGAACAAACAAUCCUCGCUCCAUUUUCUUCUUCCAUGAAGAUGCUGAAAUAUCUGUAUCUUUCAAGUUACUAAGAGUUUUGACUUUUGUUCCAUCUUCAUUUCUUCAAAGAGUGCCAACAACCAACUUACAUGAUUUAGUUUUUUUGAGAUACCUAUCUGUAUCAGAAUGGUUUGAUGGUCUUGAUUAUGUAGUGUCAAACAAUCCAAACUUGCAGACACUAGUUGUUUCCGGUAGUAAUGAAUUCCAACCAAGACGACCUGCUGUCCAUUUGCCUUCUACAAUUUGGGAGUUACCACAGUUACAACAUCUUGAACUUCACAAUGCAUAUGCGAUUGAUCCUCCAAUCGCAGUCAAAGAUAAUAUGCAAACAUUAUCUUGGGUGUGUCCAACUCAUUGUAGAAUGGAAGUCUAUCGCAGGUUUCCAAACAUCAAGAAAUUGAAAAUGUUUGUAUUUUGCAGCAAGCCCAUUAUGUUGGAUAAUCUUGACUAUUUGGAAUGCCUUGAGAGGCUAACAAUUUCUGUUUCGUUUGGUUGUGUUGUAUCCCUUCCAAAACCAUCUAUGUUUCCUUCACAACUGAAGAAGUUGAGGUUAAAUGGUACUAACCUUUCUGAGAAGGAUUUAAUGGUAAUUGGCAUGUUGCCCCAACUUGAGGUUCUGAAGUUGAAAAACGCUUUUCAAGGGGAAAUAUGGGAGGUAGCUAAAGGAGGAUUCCAUAGAUUAAAAUUCUUGCUUCUUGAAGAUAAAAAGCUCAAGCAAUGGAUAGCUGAAGAAGAUUCUUUCAUGUUCCAAUGUCUUGAACGCUUAGUUCUAAAAUUUUGUUAUUGUUUGAAAGAAAUUCCUCAAAUAAUGGAAGAUAUUCCCUCCUUGGAAUUAAUUGAGUUGGAGCAGUGUGGUUCUUCUGUUGAGGCUUCUGCAAAGCAUAUUCAUCAAUUUCGACACGAAUUGGGACAAGAAAAUUUUAUGCUCUGUCUUGGCUAUUGCUAA